UUAAGCCUAGACCAACCCACCAUAAAUACCCAGAGUUGCUCUUCUUUCAUUGUAUAAUCUUGUGUCAUUUUCAUUGUUAACAAAACCUUCAAAAGCCCUCCUCAUCUUCCUUGUCUUUACAACUGUAAAAAUAAGAGGGAGGUAUAACAAAAAAGUGACCGAGCGAUCCUUUAUUCAGUUUAGUUUGUCUUUUUUCUCUGCAUUCCGUUGUCAUCUCUUGUUUCGCCUAGGGCCCAUAAAAUAUCAGAAACGACUCUGGUGUCUUAAGGUAAGAAUUCGACAGAGUUGUUCGCUCUGCAUAUACUCCAAAACACAAACUCUGACUUUCACUAACUCCAAAUAUUCACAAUAGCCAUAGCUUUUUGCAAAAACAUAACAGCCUAGCUUUCCAUUUCCUCUCAUUCCCCUUCAACUUCCUCCAAAAAAUAAAAAAAUAAACACAGUUGUUACAUGUUCAUUAGCACUCCUAGUAGCCGCAUCUGAAACUAAAAAGUUACAAAAAGUUGUGGGGUAUUUUGUUAUAGUAGCCACAAAAAUCAGUAUAAAUAGCAGGGUUGUCAUUGGCAUUGUACUCUGAUUAUUUGUUCAGCCAUUUUUUGUCCAUCCUCAAACUCACCCUUCCACGUACAGAAAUAAUAAUAAUCACUUAUACUUAUACUACUACGACAUAUAGUAUAACUCGAUAGUAGUAUACAUAUUUGCAGGAUAUUAUUAAUCAGUGUCAUCAUGAGUCCGUCAUACUCAUUCUGUAAGCACGCACAAACCCUCUUUCCUGGAGGGCUUAACUCGAGUUCUAUGAACUUCCACAAUAAUAAUCACAAGGACAAAGUGGUGGUUGUAAUGGGUGCAACAGGUACAGGGAAGUCGAAACUGUCAAUUGACUUGGCAAUUCAACUUCAGGCCGAGAUUAUAAACUCUGAUAAGAUUCAAGUGUACAAAGGGCUGGAUAUUGUCACGAACAAAGUGACAGAAGAAGAGUGUAGGGGUGUCCCUCAUCAUAUGUUAGGGAUAAUCGAUCCUGAUGUUGAAUAUAAUGCUAAAGAUUUCCGGAAUGAUGCGUUGCUUGCAAUUGAAUCCAUCAUCGAACAGGACAAGCUCCCGAUUAUAGCAGGUGGAUCGAACUCGUUCAUUGAGUCUUUAGUGAAUGAUCAUCCUGACUUCACUUCAAAGUACGAGUGUUGCUUCCUUUGGGUUGACUUAUCUCUACCUAUUCUCCAAUGCUUUGUAUCAGAGCGCGUUGAUCAGAUGGUUAAAGCAGGAUUGGUGGAUGAGGUAAGAGGAAUAUUCGACCCUGAAGCCGACUACACACAGGGAAUACGACGAGCCAUUGGUGUCCCUGAAUUGGACAGUUUUCUUCGAGCAGAAGGGCAAAAUGUGGAACCUGAAAUGUUGGAGACUCUGCUCCAAGUAGCCAUUGAUGAAAUCAAAGACAAUACGUGUAAGCUAGCUUGUCGACAACUUCAGAAAAUUCAUCGCUUAAGAGACUUCUGGGGAUGGAACCUGCAUCAUAUUGAUGCAACAGAAGUAUUUCUAAAGCAAGGAAAAGACGCUCAAGAAGCAUGGCAGAGACUCGUUGUAGGUCCGAGUGCCAUGAUCGUGAGGCAAUUCCUGUACAGAAACACCAGUGUUCAAAGUAUUCCGAAAACAUCUGGAACUACUGUCAUUCCGAGUGCAGUACCUAUUGCAGCCAUGGCGACUGCUUCUCACUAGGCAACACCGUACCUUAAUUAUAAAUAUACAAUGAUACAUUCAACACUGCCCCUAGUUUGCCGCCUUUACAGAUUUGAACACGGCCUGAUACAGAAAACAAAAUAAAAAAGAAAAAAAAAAUUGUUCAUUGUUUUUAGGGGGGCAAUAGAAACGUUGCUAUCAGGCUUGUAAAGAGCCGUACCAUGGGUAUCAGUAUAAAAAACGGGAAGUCUGUGACGGCUAGAACGGCGCACACGCACGCGCGCGCGCACACACACACAAAUCCGUACAGUUAAACUAAGUGGAGGUAGUAGGCCAACUCCAUCCAAUAUAGCAUAAGAGGAAUCAUCCAAAUAAGACGUGUGUAGGAGCCCAUACCAAAUGUGAGGCGUUUUGGCUUUUUAAUAUGCCCAUUCCUUGGCACUUUUUUGUCGUUUCAUUUCUUUGGGUUUUGUUUUUUUUUGUUGGACUAGAAAGUUUGUCAGCUUGCCUUUUGUCUUGUUAUUUCUUUAUACUUAAUAGGAAUAGUUUGGGUUGAGCCGAUGGUGUGCCCCCCUUUCAUCCAUAUGAUUGAGUUAUGAUUUGUUUUUUUCUAUCUACUUAUAUGAAUGAAAUAUUGAGAUUUGUCAACAUAUACAUCUU